AUGUCGGGGGUAGACAUGAACCUCCCAAAGUUGGGAGAGAUGUUCUCCGCUGCGAUGCCGCUGUCCCGGCGGCCAGAGAUUCCGCCAAGCCUGGCCUUCGCAAUGCCAGCCAGCAGCGCCAAGCUGACCGAAGCAGAGGGUCUCCUGAUGAAGGGUGCCAUCGAUCAGGCCAUCCCCGCUGCUGAAGCGGCGCGAAGCGAGCUCCAGGGCAAAGGUGAUGAAUCAGCAUACGCCGUCCGAGCUCAUCUUCUGGCCCAGAUGCAGAAGGCAAAGGCUUUGGAGUUCCCUCUCCAUUCAAAAACAAAGUCAUCCCCAGGUUGCCUUUGCAUCCUCUUGCAUCCUGAACUCCAGACACCGUGUUGGCUUCACCGUCAGGUCCUUUCGCUCGUGGAUGAUGAUGGACCCGCCAUGACACCUGAACCCAUUGUGGCCGAGGCCGAAAAGGACUGCAACCAGGGUCAUCUUGACAUGUUCUAUAGCUGCCACUUUUUCUUGCGUCGACGUGAUAUCUGA